CGGGAAGCCGGGCUAAGUCGGGGUGGGGCUGCGGACUCCCAGCGCUUGUGUCACCGUGUCCUUCUCUAGAGACAAAAGCGGUGCGGUAGAGGGAGGGCCCGGGGCCAGGGCCGGAACGGCGGGCGGGGCCGAGCUGAGGAGAGCCGUUUGGGGCCCCCGCCCCCGCGCGCUUCAGUGGUGGCGGCCGAGGGAAGGACUCGCGGCUGCGGGGCUCGCGCCGCUGUCAGUGCGGCGGGGCGCGCGAGCGGCGCGGGCGCGGGCGCGGGGCGGGCGCAGCCGAGCAGCUGAGGGGGCGGCGGCGGCGGCGGCGGCGGGGGCGACUCCCGCGCGUGUGUGCUCAGCUCCUCACGCCGCGGCCGGGGCCGCCUUCCUCCUCCUCCUCCUCCUCUCCCUCCCUUCCGCCCCCGAGUGCGGCGGCACCGCCUCCUUCCGCGCCGCGCGGCUUCCUCCAGACCUCUCGGCGCGGGUGAGCCCUGUUCGCAGAGGCACCUGGUGCUGACCCUGUAACCCAGAAGAGUUAAUUGCAGGCUGAGCUCAGCCUUGGUAUUGGUGGCCACCAUGUCCUUGAAGAUCCAGACAAGCAAUGUAACCAACAAGAAUGACCCCAAGUCUAUCAACUCUCGGGUCUUCAUCGGAAACCUCAACACAGCUGUGGUGAAGAAGUCAGAUGUGGAGACCAUCUUCUCCAAGUAUGGCCGUGUGGCCGGCUGUUCUGUGCACAAAGGCUAUGCCUUUGUGCAGUAUGCCAACGAGCGUCAUGCCCGGGCAGCUGUGCUGGGAGAGAAUGGGCGGGUGCUGGCCGGGCAGACUCUGGAUAUCAACAUGGCUGGAGAGCCCAAGCCUAACAGACCCAAGGGGCUAAAGAGAGCAGCAUCUGCCAUAUACAGUGGCUACAGCUUUGACUAUGAUUACUACCGGGACGACUUCUACGACAGGCUCUUCGACUAUAGGGGCCGCCUGUCACCUGUGCCAGUGCCCAGGGCGGUCCCUGUGAAGCGACCACGGGUCACAGUCCCCUUGGUCCGGCGCGUCAAAACCACCAUACCUGUCAAGCUCUUUGCCCGCUCCACAGCCAUUACUGCCGGCUCAGCCAAGAUCAAGUUAAAGAGCAGUGAGCUGCAGACCAUCAAGACAGAGCUGACACAGAUCAAGUCCAACAUCGACGCUCUACUGGGCCGCUUGGAGCAGAUUGCCGAGGAGCAGAAGGCUAACCCAGAUGGCAAGAAGAAGGGCGACAGCAGCAGUGGCAGUGGUGGGGGCAGUAGUGGUGGCAGCAGCCGGCCACCAGCCCCCCAGGAGGACACAGCUUCUGAAGCAGGCACACCCCAGGGAGAAGCACAGGCCCGAGACGACGGCGAUGAGGAGGGGCUGCUGACGCACAGUGAGGAAGAGCUGGAGCACAGCCAGGACACAGACGCGGAGGAUGGGGCCUUGCAGUAAGCAGCUUGACAGGAGCGAUGGCCACCGGCAGGAGAAGGGCGUGCACUGUACCAGGCCUAAAGCUGGGCACCCACCCCUGGAGACCACCCCCGGCAGGUCCCAGGAGAGCUGGCAGCAGGCACCUCCUCCCCCACACAUCCCAGCCAGUGCCACAUCCUCUGCAGGUGGAGUUAUCAGCCUCCCGUCCCCACACGCCCUCCCUGUUGGCACUGCCCAGGCCAGAGGGCAGAACACAGAGGUUUCCCCACACUCUACCUCCCCUCCCAGAACACUCCCAGGCUUGGAGUUUUUCUAUAGGUUUGGAGUUGGGAGGGUUCCAGGGAGGGUACCCGGACAAUAAAGAGAUUGGAUCCCAA